GAUCGAUGUCCGAAGCUGAUUACGGUUCUGUUGGCACACGCCGGAGUUUUCGCUGAAGGACAUGUUCGAUGAGUAUUACACAAAUAUCCGGAAGAACAGUUUGCAGCCUUUGAACCUGCAGCUGUUUCACGAACGGAAUGGGACGCCGUUUAUGCGGUUGCCGAAGAUCCAGUACGUGGAUUUGCACCAGUUGUAUUCGGUUGUGGUGGCCUGGGGUGGGUGGUUGAAGGUCUAUUUUCGCAAGGACUGAGACGAGAGCAUCGAAGAGAUGGCGCUGCCGAAGCGUUGCGUGAACAACGAGAUUGCGAUGAAGCAGAUUUACAUUCGGUUUUUGGACAAGCACGAACAAGUUAAUUUUCACGGUGAGAAGAAGGACCCAACGGAAAAUGAGGACGACAAGAAGCGGUAUAAUCGAAAUGGUCUGUCUGUACGAAAUGCCGUUGGUCCUGGAGCUGUCAUACCCGUAUUUCGCACCUGGAACACCGAAGAAGUCACUACAACUUCCCGCCCACAAACAUUCACCUCGCGACGGCGCAGCUUCAGCCGAAUGAACCUGGACAGUGAGCCAAAAAAAAAUCUGUGUCAUUCUCGAAGUAGGAUUACGUGCUCAAAAUCGAAUUCCGUUCCGAGGGCCUCAUUAACUCCAUGUUCCGGAUGCGCUUCCAGGAUCGGGAACUCCCCGUUCAGGCACUUUACUUCCCAGCCGGGAAACGUCGACCACCCUUCCCGAAUCAACGGCCAACUCCUCCAAGACUGUCCUGAUUGAGGCCGGAAACGUGACCAUCGUGUUCUUUACACUGCUGUCGCGCGUCGAAACCUGCAUUCGGAACCGUCCAGCCUGGGUAUUCGGAAGUGACCGGUGGCGUACCGUAUGAAUCGGUACAGUUUGGACUCGGAUAUUGGCCUACCUUGAGCAGAAGCUAGAGGAGAAGCGUUAAAUACAAUAAAAAAGGUGUUUUUUAACACACUGUUUAAAAAUUUAAAAAAUAAAUGUAAAAAACCAGGCACAUUUUUCUGAAAUUACCCCUAUAGUGCUAAAUGUUGUGUAUUCUUGCCAUAAAAGGUUUCUUUUCCAAUUAAAAGUAAAAUACUUUUACCGAUACAACGAUUUUGUUCCAUAAAUGCAUGGUAGUUUCAAAAACUUUCCAACUUUUAAAUUGAAAAGUUUGAACUUUCUACGAAUAUUCACCAACGCGAACUUUUAAUCCAACGAACGAUCUU